AUGACAUCAAAGCAUAACAUUUGGGUCCCACUGAAUGCUCAAAAGAAGGGUCCUGUUGCAAAAGGGCUUUUGCAGAACAAGAUUCAGUUCAGUUCAGUUCAGUUGCUCAGUCAUGUCCAACUCUUUGCCAGGCUUCUGUGUCCAUCACCAACUCUGGAGCUUGCUCAAACUCAGGUCCAUACAGUCUGUGAUGUCAUCCCACCAUCUCAUCCUCUGUCAUCCCCUGCUCCUCCGCCUUCAACCUUUCCUAGCAUCAGGGUCUUUUCUAGUCACAUUAGGUGGCCAAAGUAUUGGAGCUUCAGCUUCAGCAUCAGUCCUUCCAAUUAA